AUGGUACGUGCGCAACACCACUAUCCUGCGAGAUCUCCAAGCUCAACCCUUGGUAGAUCACCUGACGAAGUUGAAGGACAAAAUGGUUUACUGGGCGACCACACCAACUCGGAAAAACCAAUGAUAUUUAUGGCGUAUUUUCCAUUCGAUCAGGAGGUUCAUUAUAGUACAGCCUUGCUUUGCCAAGCGAUUUCUGUAGUAAUCGCAGCGCUGUACUACUGCCUGACCCAAGUUACAUACAUCACGGCAGUCACUUACGUUAAAAUGGAACUGAAACUGCUGCAGCACCAGUUUAGGGAGUUCGAUCGAUUCAAGAUGGUUUAUAACAUCGUAGAUGACAGGGUUAUGAUGAUUAAGUUGAUUCGACGUCAUCAGUUUAUUAUUAGUUUCACCGCAGACCUAAACAAGUCAUUAAGGCCAAUCUUACUUGUAGAGUUCCUAUUGAGCUCGAUUAACAUUUCCUUUGUAGUUCUACAACUUAUAUCGGGUGAAACAGAAAUGCCUCUACCGUUUACGUUGAAUUACUUAAUUAUAUUGAUAGCGCAGCUCCUUGUGCUGGCUUGGCAUGCUAACGAGAUCACCAUAGAGAGUGUUGGUAUCUCGUAUGCCUUAUGGGAACAUUCCUGGUAUGAAAAAAGCGUAGAAAUCCAAAAGAUGAUGUAUAUGGUCGUGUGUCGGUCUCAUAAACCUUUAAGUUUGACCAUCGGACCGUUCGGUAUCCUCACCACUCAAACAGUAAUAAACGUUAUUAAUGCUGCUUACUCGUAUGUCACCAUUAUGAGAAAUAAUAAUUAAUCUGUGGAAAAUAGACUAUAUAACCUGGACACUAUAAUAGAGGAAAUGGAAUUAGCAGACAACUAUCGG